GAAAUGACAUUGAAGCCAUCAGAGCCGCAUUCAGAUUUCAGUAUGGACUAAGCUUCUGGCAGCAAUGCAGAAUUUAGUUCCAUAGAAAGCCGCCAGAUUCGGGUUCGGAUUCUAGAUUGGACCGAGCUGCGAGAUAGCGAUGACGAGUUGCAAUGGCAUUGAUAACCGUCAGUUCCGAAUUCAGAUUGUAGUGCGGUCUUGUUCAAGACACUGACCACAAUGGCCGGGGACGCCUGGAGCAGGAAUAGUGCGGUUUCAAGCCGCUGCACGCCGCUGGUCCAGGCGACGGUCUGAGCUGCUGGAGUCCAAGGCAUCAACCGCGCUAUAAUCGAUCACGAUGGCGGCGGUCUAAGACUGGUCCUGGCCACGGUCCAGGCGACGGUCCAGGCGACGGUCUAAGCUGCUGGAAAUCAAGGCAUCACCUCGCUACAAUCGAUCACAAUGGUGACGGAAGCCUCGAGCAGUAGUGCCGUUUCGAGCCACCGCACGCUGCUGGUCCAGGCGACGAUCUUCCUCGCAAUACUGUCUCUCUACUACUGGCUCACUUCGCACGCCGUGCCCCAAUCGUGGCUGCUGCUGCGUUCCCCGGCCACGGUUACCACGCCGAUGGUGACCACCUCCAUGGUUACCACGCCGAUGGUUACCGCGUCUAUGCUUACCACGCCAAUGGUUACCGCGUCUACACCAGCAGCUUCACCUGGCAUCUCUAUGGUUACCGCGUCUACACCAGCAGCUUCACCUGGCAUCUCUAUGGUUACCGCGUCUACACCAGCAGCUUCACCUGGCAUCUCUAUGGUUACCCCGACUAUGCCCGCAGCUUCGCCUCCCCCUACCAGCAGCGCCCCUCCCCCUAUCAGCAGCACCGCUCCCCCUACCAGCAGCGCCCCUCCCCCUAUCAGCAGCACCGCUCCCCCUACCAGCAGCGCCCCUCCCCCUAUCAGCAGCACCGCUCCCCCUACCAGCAGCACCGCUCCCCCUACCAGCAGCACCGCUCCCCCUACCAGCACCGAUCCCCCUAGCAGCAGCGCCCCUCCCCCUAGCAGCAGCGCCCCUGCCCCUAGCAGCAGCGCUGAACCUAGCAGCAGCGCUCCCCCUAGCAGCAGCGUUCCCCCUAGCAGCAGCGUUCCCCCUAGCAGCAGCGCAGCUCCCCCUAGCAGCAGCACCGCUCCUCCUAGCAGCAGCGCCCCUCCCAACAAGCCUGAUGCGAUCGCGAAUUCUCCUACUCCCACCUCCCCCUCCUCCCCACUCAUCCCCGGUUCCCGCAUCACGUCAGCCAAUCAGCUCCUCUCGUUCCGGACCCGCCUCGCGUGCCUCUCAGCAAACGCCACGUGGCAGCUGGACCCCACUCCCCGCACCCUCCCCUGGACCCAACCUCACACCGGUUCUGCGGGUUGGCAGUGUGACGAUAGAUGGAUCAACGAGCCUCAGCAAAAUAACUCCCGUUAUAAGAACGUCGCGUUUAAGGAAGCGGAUGAGAUAGCUCUGGCAGGAGGUUCGGCAGAGGAAUGGAAGGUGAGGGAUACGGUGAAGUAUAAGUGGAGGCCGGAGGAGAGGUGUGGGGAGUGGGGAGAGGUGGACAGAGGGAAACUGGUGGAGAAGCUUAAGGGGCUGACUGUGCUUGUAGUGGGGGAUUCGAUAAAUGAAAUGCUGUUUAAAUCGUUGAGGAAUCAUUUGAGGCAGGAGUCAAUGCCUGGUAGUCUGAAGCAAGGGAGGCAGCAGGAGGAGCAGAACAGGGAGGAGAAAAAGGAGCAGCACCAGCAAGGGCAGCAGCAGCAGCCAGUGCAGCCUCAGAAGUUGCAGCACAGCAAGGGUGAAACAGCGGCAGCGAAAGCAGAGACGGGCUCACUAGAGCUGGCCGAGUUCGCCCCUGCGUUCUGCAAGAGCCGGACGAAGAACCGGGAGCUGCAACGGCACAAGAACCUGCUCCUGUGCCAUGGCAUGGCGCUGGGAGGUGCGACGUUCCUUAAUCUGCGGGAUGAUGUGGUCAGCACUAACUUAACUCUGGUUGCGAAGCCCCCGAAAAGGAUUUCUGUUCCGUGGUUUGAUGUCGUUGUUAAGGGGGGUACGGUGGGGAGGAGGCGGCUGAGGGAGCAGGAGAGGCGGAUGCAGGAGCAGAGUAGGCAGGAAAAGAAGCUGGCUCCUAAUCCACAAGCACCCGGAAUGAUCACCUUUGUGAAAGACUCAGUUACAAGUGGAAACAGCCGCGGAUACGAAUACCAGUAUUUCCUACCCAGGAGGCUUGCAAGGUCUCCCAUCAAGGAUCCAUUUUCGAGACAUCUGAGGAGCGACCCAUUUCCACCCGUAUCAGUUCUUGUGCUGAAUCGGGGAGCCCACUUUGUUAACACCUCCAUAUUUAUCCCUGAGCUCAACCAUACACUAACUGCAGUGAGAGCAGCUGCACCCAAUGUGCUUAUAAUUUUCAGAAGCACACCUGAGGGGCAUUGGGACUGCACCAAAGAGUCAGUGCCGUCGAGCAAGCCUUCAGAUCCAUCCAAAUCGCCAUAUAAUUGGGAUGAAUUUGCAACGCAGAAUGAGGCUGCAAGGAAGUUAGUGGAGGCGGUGGGAGGGGUGUUUCUGGACGUGGUACCCAUGACAGCUUUGAGACCCGAUGGGCAUUUUGACCCCCCUCGGGAUUGCUUGCAUUACUGCUUGCCUGGUCCGCCGGAUGAAUGGAUUAGAUUACUUUACCAUGUAUUGCUUGAUUUGUUGUAGUAUGGUAUCUUUAUCUCAACAACCCAU